UGGAAUCACCUGAACAAGGUUCUCUCCCGUGUUGGCCCAUUUGUGCAGGAGGACUUUGAUCCUGCCACCGGAAUGCAGGCGCUGAAAGACAUGAAAAUUCUGGUCAUCGGAGCGGGUGGUCUCGGCUGUGAACUCCUCAAAGGGCUCUCCUUGAUGGGCUUUGUCGACAUACACGUCAUUGACUGUGAUACCAUCGAUCUGUCCAACCUGAAUCGACAGUUUCUCUUUCGCACCAAAGAUAUUGGUCGAAGCAAAGCAGAAGUUGCAGCGGAAUUCAUCAACAAUCGCGUUGCCGGCUGCAAAGUGAUUCCGCACAAUUGCCGAAUUGAAGACAAGGACCAGUUGUUUUACAGUCAGUUUAACAUCAUUGUUGUUGGUCUUGAUGCAAUUGAGCCUCGCCGAUGGUUGAACCGAUCAUUAUUCCUUUUACUUGAACCAUCAAUGGACGGGGGCUUAGACAAUAUUAUUCCUAUGGUCGACGGUGGAACAGAAGGCUUUAAGGGCAACGCUCGUGUGAUCAUCCCCAGCCAGGACUUUCCUUGUAUUGACUGCAACAUCAACCUAUUUCCGCCACGGGUCAAUUUUCCUAUGUGCACUCUUGCUCAGCGACCUCGCCUUCCUGAACAUUGUAUAGAGUACAUUCGCCUGGUAGAAUGGACUAAUCAGAAGCCAUUUGGCGAAGUAGGCGUCGAUGGCGAUGAUCCAGCUCAUAUUCAGUGGAUCUUUGAGCGAAGCCUCGACCGAGCCAAAGAGUUUAGCAUCGAAGGCGUCACUUAUCGCCUGACACAGGGCGUUGUGAAGCACAUUAUUCCCGCUGUUGCAUCAACAAACGCCGUUAUUGCUUCAAUCUGUGUCACGGAAGUCUUCAAAUUGGCCACAGCUUCGGCGCCAAUCCUCAACAAUUACCUCGUUUUUAAUGACGUCGACGGAAUAUACACCUACACCUACGCCGGAGAGCGCAAUCCCGAUUGCUUGGUUUGCAGCAAUCUUCCACAAACUCUCCCGGUUUCUAAGUCACUCACACUUCAGCAGCUAAUGAACCAUAUACAAGAACACUUUGACAUGGAGGGACCCCUUUCAUUGACUACUACUACUGAAAACAACCAACUAACACUGUACAUGCCUUCUCUUCCGGAAGUACAAAUGAACCUCUCAAAGACACUGGUCGAACUUGGUCUUGUCACCGGUCAGCAGCUGUUAGUGAGCAAUCGAAAGAUGUCCAAGUCUUUCAUUUUUAGCCUAUUCUGA